CCUGUACGCAUGCCGUAGCUCCAGGAUUCUCACAGUAACUGAUGGGCGUAUCGCAUCUUUAUCGCACUUGAUUGUUUAUUCUCCAAAAGAAAACCACACUAUGGAAUAUCACGAACAAAGUUUAAGUCUAGACAGUUUAAUACACAUCUUUUCUUUUCUCCCUGAAGAUGAUUUAAUCAGAGUGUCGUGUGUUUGUAAGGACUGGCACGAAGCUGCAGAAACACAGUGGUUAUGGAGAGAGAUGUGUCUGCAUCGCUGGGGUUUCUGCAACGUAACCCAGCUCUUAUCAGACGCAGAGUCUUACACGUGGAAGCGUUAUUAUCUCCACCGCUCUACUCUGGAGCUGAACAUGAAGUCGGGGAGGUCAGGAGGAGAUUACAGCUGUAAGAGCCUGAGAGGACACACAGGUCGGAUCGUCGGCUUUGCGUACCUGACGGGAAACAGCAGUUUGCAGGACAUGUGGAACUUCACGCCCAUCGUCUGCAGCGCCUCGUCCGAUGGAAUGCUCAAAGCCUGGGACAUUCACAAGGGAUUAAAUCUGUGGUCCAGCUCGACUCAGAACCCUCUGACCCAGAUCAUCACAGACCCGGAGCAGGACAUUGUGAUCACGGCGGACAGCGGCGGGACGAUCAACACGUGGCGAGGACGAACCGGAGACGCGCUCAGCUCGUUCUCCUCGGGCUCGUCUCAGUGCACGAUAAUGACCUUCAGCACGGAGGGAAAAUCAUUCGUCAUGGUAGGGACGGCUCUCGGGUCGCUCAUCACCCUGACAUCACCACAGCUGUGUGAACUCUCACGCCACCUGGUGAGCGACUCGUUCAGACUAAAUCUUCUCCUCUCAUCUCCUGAUAAGAAGUGGAUUCUCACCGCAGCCAAGGAGUACGCCGAUUCAAGCCCAAAGGUUUUCAGCACUCAGAGUGUGUGUAGUCCUGUAGAAGAUGAAGCAGGUGUGUGUGAGAGUGUGUGUGUGAGUUUACCUGUCAGUGGCUGUGUAGCUGCAGCGUUCUUCCCUCUUCAGCCUGCACGAGUCGCCGUCGUUCACAACGACACACUGCUUCAACACAACACACUCUCCGUCUUCCAGUUCAGCCUGAAGAAGUCCAAAUACAAGCAGGAAGCUCAGGCUCAGCAGAUCGAAUCUUUCCGGGUGGAUUUAAACACUCGUCGCUCGGAUGUACUUCUCCAGGCCAAAGGGAACAACAUGCUUCUGCUUGCGGACGGAAACGUCCUGAAGGUCUACUCCCUGAAAGGCGAGCUCAUCUCCAGCUUCGAGGAACAUCUGGAGCCCAUCACGUCUAUGUGUGUGGAUGAUUUCCGUGUGGUCACGGCCUCCCGGGAUUUAUCUCUCCGAGUGCUGACCUGGAGGAGAGACAGAGAUAAAGGAUUAACGCUGGAGACUCAGUAUCAACUGCUGGGCGGAUCUCACUCCAUGUCCAGAGGGUUCACGGCGGUGGCGUGUGAUUACGCGAGCAUCGUCGGCUCGGUGGAAGCCGUGAACGGGAAGGACGUCCUGAAAGCCUACGUCUUUAACUCCUGAACGUCGCAUUUUUCUCUGGAUUUAAGUCAAUAAAUGUUUGUCUUCUGUAUUAUA